AUGUUUCGUACUAACACAAAAGAACUGGAGAAUGUGCUCAUUCACUUUGACAAACCGAUACCUCGAUGGAUCAACGGGACUCUGAUAAGAAAUGGACCCGGACAAUUUGAGGUUGGGAAUCGCCGACUUACCCACUUGUUUGACGGUUUUGGAAAGCUCUAUAAAUGGCAUUUUGAAGGAAACGGUUCCGUACACUUCUCUACUAAAUUCCUCAAAACUGGGUUUUAUAAGAAGUCGGUCUCCCAUAACGACAUAUCACCUUAUAUAAUGUUCGGACCUACCGAACCACGCUUUAGCUACGUACAGGUAUUAUUAGCUGUGUGGAGAGGCGGGGGCAACAUGAAUGUAAACAUUUACAACUUGCCAUCCGAAGAAAAUAAGCGGGGCAGUUUUGUAGCAUUGAACGAUGUUUGGGACAAUUAUGAAAUCGACCCAGUGUCUCUUGAAACAAUUGGAUAUGAAUUUCCCAGAGUUCCAUCGACUGGUGGUGUAAGCAGUUACAUUUUCAAGAAUGUCAUGUCUACUUCUCAUCCACUUCCAGAAUACGGCACUUCCAAUCUCUUUACGUUUUUGGUAAGUCAAGCUAUUGCUCCUGGAAUUUCUCAUCGGGUUUCACUUAUCAGGAUAAAGUCGUCGGCAGACCGAGAAGUUGUUGCGCAAGGUCCGUGCCAGCCAGACGAGAUAUCUUACAUGCAUACGUUUUCAGUUACGCCUAAGUAUGUGAUAUUUUUCAGUCCACCGCUGUUUGUCGAUAUACUUCCACUAGCAGUAUCAGGUUCGAUUUCAAAAGGACUGAAAUGGCAUGGUGCCAAGAAGAAUAUGACAAUAUACGUCAUUGAGAUUAAAUCUGGGUCCAUCCAAACAUUCACUGUCCCACCGAUAUUCUACUUACAUCAAAUUAACGCCUUCGAGAAGAAAGGAAAUAAGAUUAUAGUGGACAUACCUACAUAUUCCGACCCAUCGUUCAUCUUCCGUAUGAAUAUUGACACACUACUGAACAGCACUGAAAGGAACAAGCUGAAUCCUCACUCGGUUUUAAAGCGCUAUGUUAUUGACUUGGACAGGAGCAAAGUAGCAGUCAAAAGUGUUCACAAGUCUGUCAAAUAUCCUUCCCCGGCAAAUCUUGACAUGCCCGUAAUCAACGAGAACUACCGCUCGCAGAAAUACUGUUACGUUUACGGCUUGGUUCCAAAAUGGGACAAUAGACAGUAUAGUCAGUCUGCUAUCGUUAAGAAAGAUCUUUGUGGCAAUGGAAAAGACCGAGUAUGGUUCAUUCCAAAUCAUUAUCCGGCAGAAACCUGGUUUGUUCCAUUUCCGACAAAUCACAACAACAUCAACCGUAGCGAAGACGAUGGCUACCUAUUGGUACCCGUUCUGGAUGGGGAGAAGAAUGCCAGUUAUCUUGCCAUUAUUGAUGCCGUUUCCAUGACAACCUUCAGCAUUGCUUAUCUUCCUACAAGGGUUCCGUUAACAUUUCACGGCCGAUUUUUCCCUGUCAUUGACUAAAAACAAUGGACAAUAUUCAUCAAGAUUCUUGAAUUGGCUGUUAUAGCUGUAUCACACGUCGGGCAGCAUUUGUAUAUACAAUGUAGUUAUAAUUAGUAAUAUUAACCCGGAGGAGAUGAUAGUUCCUGACAUUUUAGCAGUAAUCUAAUUUUAGGGCCUUUCGCCCUUGAAGCAUUACGAUAAAUUGUUAUUGCGCACAUUAUCAAUGUGAUAUUCCAUUGCACUAAUGUUAUAAUUUAGAAAUGCGCCAAAAUUUGAAUGCGCCAAAAUCAGUUCGUUUACAGUAACAUGGGGACAAAAAUGUGUUGUAAAUUUGUCACAAAGAUCUUUUACAAUGAAUGUAGUACCAAAGACAAAGCAAAACUGGUUAGCAUCUCCCCACAUUCUUAAUACGACCAUUUACACAGGCAAUAUUCCUUCACGUGAAAUUCACGUGAAAUUUUUCACGUGAAUAAAGGGCAAAAAAAGUGAAAUUCACGUGAAAUGUUGUGAAUUUCACAUGAAUUUCACAUGAAACAAAAAGAAAUUUCACGUGAAAUUCACGUGAAGAAAUAUUGCCUGUGUAGGAGAAGAAGGCAUUGGAAGCUUUUUCUUCUCGUUGGGGGGAUGGAUUACGAGAAUUGAUAUUUCCAUCUGUAGUGAUCAAAAGAUUUCCUCGUUGAUGUGAUUUAACAGACGAGAACAAUUAUGGGUUCGACAAGGCUAUUUGGCACAAGUUUCAAUGUGAAGCACCAUGCCGGAAUCAAUACUAAGAUGUCUCGCCAUAAAACCCGAUACUGAUGACGAUAUUCUGGCGUGCUUCAUAGAAGAAACGAUUCCGACAAUAAUAUCACAGAUAAGGUAAUCUCUCUCAACCAAAUCAUGCAGCAUUCAGACCGGAGCGUCCGACACUACUUUCCUUAAAAUAAUCACAAAAGAACAAGAAUUUGUAAGCUACCCAAAAUCAUCAAAUAUCACAAAGGUCGGCCGUGGAAAGGUACGGGGCCACCUGGCCGACCAUGCGGGUUUUCCCCGGGUACCCCACUUAAUAUAAUUUGAUUUAACUUGUUCCGAAAUAAAGUUUAUUUAUACCUAAUUUACGUCAUGUAGUGUUAACAAAUCGCCAUAGGAUAAUGUUACAUGUUUGUCAUAUAUUCCACGCAGAUGUGUCAUAAGUUUGUUAACGCAGGUUUUACUAUAACUAUCAGAAUUAACCAAUCAUUCCUGUGAUUAUAGAAAAAUCUCGACCCUAAGGAUAAGAUGGGACAAUUUGAAAGACUUUCUUUCGGGCCGAGAUAUCGGUAAAACUUCGGGAAUACAUAAAAUGUAUCAUGCGAUAUCAUAGACAGUGUAAUCAAGUUUAGGAAAAUUUAUACUCCUCCUUUCAUUUCGGAACAGGGCUUACCGUUCUUAAAUAGUUACUUACAUGUAAUGCAAUUUCUGUAUAUGUUGCACAUAUAUUUGAUUUCAUGCAAUAAACGGCAUAAUUAAGAUA